AUGAAACUCGUAGUUCUGUUAGGUUUUGUCCUUCUAAGUACAGUAUUGGCUGAACAGUAUACUGAUAGAUUCGACGAUAUAGAUGUGGAAGAGAUCGUUUCAAAUAAAAGAUUAUUGACAUCGUAUUUAAAAUGUGUUUUGGACAAAGGCCGCUGCACUUCUGAAGGAAAGGAAGUUAAAUUGCAUUUAAAAGAUGCGAUGGUGACCGGCUGCUCCAAAUGUACACCUACACAGAGGAAAAAGGCCAGAACAGUCGUCAGUCACGUCCGAGAACAUGAGAAGGACUACUGGGAAGAGAUGAAAAAGAAAUAUGAUCCUAACAACAGUUACAAGGAAACAUACGAAGCUUUCCUUGCUCGUGACGAU